ACAAUCAGUGCAAUCAUAUCUGUUCAAAUUUCAUAUCGUGCAUCAUGAUCUUCUAUUUCUUUUAGUACGUAGUCGUCGCCAUGACAUUCGCGUGGAAUUUCGUAGACCUGUUCAUAGUGCUAGUCAGUAUAGGUCUGACAACUCGCUUUACUCAACUGAACACACGCAUAUCGGAUCGGAUACGAAGUGGAAGCAGCACUUGCGAGAAUUUCUGGGAACAAAUUCGCAUACAAUACGUAUCUCUCUGUGACUUAGUCACUUUACUGAAUCGAUCUAUCAAUCGUCUGGUGUUCGUCUCGUAUGCCAAUGACCUGUACUUCAUCUGUCUACAGAUAAUGAACGCCACCCUGGAACAACCGUUUUUGAUAAACAGAGUGUACUUCUUCUAUUCGUUCAGCUUUCUACUGCUGCGAACAUUUCUAAUGUUUUGGUACAGCUCGCAAGUUCAGGAUGCUAGUCAUCAACCUUGUAGGUUGAUUCUACGGGUUCCGAACGACGAAUACUGCGAUGAGCUACAACGGGUGCAAAUGUACUCCAGGCGAGGCGUUAGUCUCACAGGAAUGGGCGUUUUUCUAGUUUCCCGAAGGAUAUUCCUAACGAUUGCUGGAACGAUCAUAACAUACGAAUUAGUGCUGUUAUCAUUCCGCGACCGAAUUAUGGACCAGCCGGAUGAUGAUGACGAUGUGUCAUGUGUGCCAUUGGAUCUUGACUGAGCUUGACUGAGUAAUGGUGAUUCGUAUGACAAUCAUGUAUUAAUAAGUGAUGCACCU